UUAGUCUUAUUCCUUCCGUUCAAAACAACUCAUCUCGAGAGGGCAAGGGAAGCAAUGGUGGCGGCGGAAGGGUGAGCAAGCAGUGACGUCAUCGUCCUCCAGGGUUUCGCAUCUUAGGCUACACGAUUCACGGACUCCCCUCCGGCGGCCACCCACCUCCUGCGCCUCCUCCUCUUCCUUCCUUCCUUCCUUCCUUCCCCACCGGCGCCACCGCGACGGCCCAACCCCUCUGCCCCCGCUGCCGUCUCCCACUCCUCGACGCCCCGCCGUCCCCGUGCGAGACCGCGCGCCCGUUCGCCGCUUCAUCUCAUCGACGCCCGUGCGCGCUCCAGCCGUUCGACGAAACGCCACCGACGCGCCCGCUCCACGCGUAGGCGCGUUUCCUCCGCCUCCGCCGCGGCGAGCCGGUGCGGAGACCGCCCAUGUCCCUCGCCAAGCGGUACGUCCUGCGUCUGUUCAUCUCGCUCAAGUACGUGACGGCGAACGUGGUGGACCGACAGAGCGGGCGCGUAGUGGUGACGGCCUCGUCCGUGGAGAAGCCCCUGCGGGGCGGGCUGGAGUGCGGCCGCACCUGCAACGCCAAGGCGGCCGCGGCCGUCGGGGAGGUGCUCGCUAUGCGCCUCAAGGUGGACGGCCUGGCACGUGAGCCCAUACACGCCGAUGCCGCCAAGGAGGUCGAGAAGAAGGGGUUCAAGAACCGGACCAAGGUCUGGGCCGUCCUCAACGCGCUGCGCGACCACGGGGUUAACCUCCGCAUCGAUGAUGAUGGCGACCACAGACCGCACGUCUGACGACCAUCAAAAAUGGAACAAGAGAAGCUUGAGAAGCUCGCACUGUGAUAAUGACAUGCCUGGUGAAUUUUGAUUUACUGCAGAAAAUGGAACAAGAGAAGCUUGAGAAGCUCGCACGCAAGGUAUGCAAACACAAGCUCUGAAGCAAGUGAUGUGAAGGCCGGAGGCGGGC